UGACAGGCCUAUCUGCUGCCAAUAUGAACAUCCGCCGUGCUCUGCCCGAUGAUCUGAUGAACAUGCAGCACUGCAACCUGCUGUGCCUGCCCGAGAACUACCAGAUGAAGUACUACUUCUACCACGGCCUCUCUUGGCCCCAGCUCUCCUACAUUGCUGAGGCUGAGGCCGAGGAUGGCAAGAUCGUGGGCUAUGUCCUGCCCAAGAUGGAGGAGGAUCCCGAUGAUGUCCCUCAUGGACACAUCACCUCACUGGCUGUGAAACGUUCCCACCGGCGCCUCGGCCUGGCCCAGAAGCUGAUGGACCAGGCCUCACGGGCCAUGAUCGAGAACUUCAGCGCCAAGUAUGUAUCCCUGCAUGUGAGGAAGAGCAACAGGGCGGCCCUGCACCUUUAUUCCAACACCCUGAACUUCCAGGUUAGUGAGGUGGAGCCCAAGUACUAUGCAGAUGGAGAAGAUGCGUACGCCAUGAAACGAGAUCUCUCCCAGAUGGCAGAGGAGCUGAGACGGCAGCUGGUGCUGAAGAAGGGCAGAUACGUGGUUCUGGGUUCCAAGGAGAAUCAGGGCAGCCCACUUCCUGGUUCUGAAGAGGCCUGUCAGCAGAACCUGGCUGGAGAUGACAGUGGCAGUGACAGCAAAGACAGCGCUGAUGUUCAAGACAGCUUGCAAGACUUGGAUUCCACCUCCUAG